AUGAACAACGCGAUUAUUGGUCAGUUUCUUUUCUUAAAGAGUCUUGUUUUCAUCUAUUUUUUUUUCGUCUCUGGUUGGAAAGAAGGAAAAUAAUGCGUUUCCGAAGCGGCUGGAACCAAAAGAAGUCGGGGAAUGUGCCGAAACAAAGCAGAUGUGUACAGGUGCCAAGUCGGAUCGCGCACUUUUUGGAGGGACACGAAUUACAUGCGCACAAACUCAUAAACGCGUACCUGUCGUUUUUUCUCCGGCUUCUCAGCUUUUCGACGGCCUUGUAUAGUUGUCUAAUGGGGCCCAUUUCGACGCUGGUCGUGUGCCGUUAAGCUUUCUUUUCCGUGUUUCAACCGCCCAUUAGAUUCCGCCUGUAACGGUGGACAAGCGUUGGCAUCUGCCGGGCGAAGCUGUAAAUCUUCAAUGUGAAAAAAACACGAAUUUUUUCCUUCUUGAAAUCCAAAUUUGAAGAACUUUCAAAAGAAAAAGUAAAUUUCAUGUAGCGAUGGAUAGUAGAAUCUCGGAAAAUUUUAUUGUGAAAAGCAAAAAUAAAAUUACGUACCAAAUAGUUCUCAAGAUCACCCAAAGCGGAAAUUAUGCACAUUGAUUGAAUGCAAAUUCUUCUUUAAAAAACUCAAAAUUUUCAAACAGACAUGAAAUGAAAAGACAUAGUAAAGCACGCAUGUUCAAGUCGGCCGGUCGUAUUACGGUAAUCAAGUUAGGUUUGGUUAAUAAAAGGAAAACUUGUGUACUUUUUGUGACGUAACUUGUCUUGUAACCUCGAGAAAUAGUUCCUUAACAAAUUGCGAAAAAAAAAUUUAAAAAAUUUCCUGGCUUUGAAACUGACCGCGCAAUAUUGACCGGCCGCCGUAACACUGUCAUAAACACGCGUGAAAGAAAAGAUAAAAAUUUGUUUUUCGUAAUUAAAAAUUGGCGGAUUUAAUGCGACUGAUAUGUCCUCGUCAAGUGAUGGUACGACAAAAUCUCAAGUCCGCAAAUCUCGAGGACCGUAAUCUUGUGUACGCAGAUCUAAAGUCCCAUAAUCUUGGAGACCAAAAUCUUGGAGACCAAAAUCUUGGAAACCACAAUCUUGGAAAGUAAAAAUCAACGCUUUUGCCAAUAGAUUUUAUCAGAAAUUGUAUUCGGUGAUCCAAACAAGAGAAUAUAAGUAGAUAAAGUGCAAUAAAGAAGACUAAAAAAAGGAAGAUGUUUGCUUUCCAAGAUUGUGGUUUCAAAGAUUUUUGGUCUCCAAGAUUUUGGUUUCCAAGAUUAUGGGACUUAAGAUCUGCGUACACAAGAUUACGGUCCUCGAGAUUUGCGGACUUGAGAUUUUUGUCGUACCAUCCGUCAAGUAUGACGCUUUUGGUGUAAGCCCUAACGCAGAAAAAGCACGCUUUAUAAUUAAAAAAAUAUUAAUUAUAAUUAUAAUUUAUAAUUGAAUUCGUUCUCUUUCUCUUUCUCGUUUUUUUAAGUUAUAGAUUUUUCGUAAAUUUAUGACGCGCCUGUUUUUCUAUAAGUCUUCUUUUUUUCGUAACGUUUCUAAUUAGUUUUAAACGAUAAUAAUUUAUUUCUCAUUUUACUGUCUUGUAUCUUUCUUUUUAACAAUUGUUCAUAUAAGUAAUGAAAAAUCAAGAACCAAUAUCGCGUCGGUCAAUAAAAACUUUAGGUAUGGUAUAAGUUGUUCUAAACUUACACAACAUUGGCUUCAGAUUGAAUCACGUUGAUUGAAAUGCUGGGUUACCGCAUUAUUUAUUGUUACAUUUCAGGCAAUCGAGAGCGAAAAUUGUUUGUGAACUUUCGGAAUGAUUGAAAAAAAUUUCAAUGCGAGCAAGAAAUAGAAUUCAAAAUUACAACACAUAACUUCUAGAAGUUAUGUGUUGUAAUUUUUUUAGAAAGAAAAAGAAAGUUCAACCUUCACAUUUGAAAUUUUAAUUUCUAAAUUGACGGAUCUAAUUGAGAUUUUUUUAUUUUUGUAAUCAAAAAAAUGUUACAAUCAAGAAUCCUGAGAGUAGUUUAGACGGUGGAAAGCUUUUUAUUUAAAGGUGUAUGGGCAGUUAAAAUGUACUUUGAGAUGAAUGUGCAAUUUUGUAAAGCUUGUUAUCGCGCGUUAGUUUGAUAUCGAUUGAGAUCUUUUAGAAUUUGGGAGUUUAGCAUAGAGAUAAAGCUUCUAAUCAAUGAGGAUCUCAAUAAAGGCUUAACUAACAAGUUCCAACUUUUUUGACGACCCAAUGGAGAAAAUGUCAAUGAGAUCACUCUGUGAAGUGAAACGUGCAAUUAACGCGUUAGUAGCCGAGAGUCGGAGGUGACGGUGGAACCGCCGAUGGCAUUCCAGUAAAUGAAAAGAGAUUUUUGUCGCGAAAACGAACAGCUUUCUCGGAGACUGACGCACGCACGCGGAAUAAUAACCGUCAGUCGGCUUCUUAAGAAAAGACAAAAUCUCAGACUCAUAAAGAUGUUGCAGACGAGCCCGAAGUGCAAUGCGAAGCGAGUUCGAUUUCGCUUCUUUUCAAGACCAAGGCGCCUUUUGGCGGCAAGAUCUUUGUCAAGGUGUCAAGCGCAGAAACUGGCGAUAAUGGGAUUCUUGUCAGGGUUACGUGGCUGAUGCAGAAUGCGUUCAAGUCGGAGAUUCCGUCGCCACGUCUCAUCGGUUCGACGUCGCCCACGACGCCUGCGGUGUCCGUCGACAGCGAGAAGUUUGUCUUCGUUAUUCCGAUUUUUAUUCUUGUUUGGAACUAUUCGUUCAUCUAAACGUUUUCAUCAGAAAUCAAAGAAAAGUUUACCUUAUAAUAUUCAAUCAAACAACUUUUACGCCUAAUGCGUGUAUUUUUUACAAACAAAAGGCGAAAAAAAUUAGUUUCAUUUCAGCUAUUUUCUCGUAUCUGUAUUCUUUUCAUUAUAAACAAUUUUCAGGUUAACGGUGUGAUAAUCUCGUCUACAAUCAUCGUCUCUUUUCACUCGGUGCGUUUUAAGAAUUGCAGGAAAACAAUAUUCAAAACAUUCGCUUUUCGGCCGUCUCCCGUAGCGCUUUUAUUUUUUUUUUCGGAUACUUUUAGAGUUUCCCUGAAUUAUUGUGAAGGGGCUUGAACAUUGCUCUAGAUGGUAGAUGGCAUUUCUCUACUUCCCGCUAUUAUUUUCCCAAUAAAUUUCGAAUUACCGUCUGCUAAGAACUUCAGAUCGAAAAUUUUCUCACUGAUAUAACGCACUUAGGGAAAUGCUGACGUCCAUUUCUAGUUUAAACUCUUCCAUGAUUCGAAUUCCCUCAAAAUCAGAUCUUCAUCACGAAAAUCGACCGCGCCUACCGAGUCUCCUGUUUCUACGUCGAGGCCAACAAGCGCGUCAACAACCAUGUAGACGUCGCGUUCGUUUUUUCUUUCAAAUCAGUUGCUCAGAGAACUUUUCUCGAGUUUGAAGCCGUUAGAGCUAGUGCGAGCUUGGACUUCUCGGAAAUUAACGUGUUUGAGACGUCGGCAACGCUGUUAUUACCACUUUUUGGGGUUUUCUUUUGCAUCUGCACCUUUCGCCUCAGUGGAGAAGGCUGCACGCAAGAAACCAGUAUCCUACUUUGGCCGCGCAAAUUCGCCCAUGGCAUAACGGGAUCGGCACGCUCUGUCGGUUCCCGUCUUUCUGUUUCUUCAAAAUCAAUUUGCCUAAAGUUAGAAAGUCGAAGGAAUCAGUGAACCUAUCAAAGAAUUUCACUUUGCUCUGUCCAGAAAUUUAGAAACAAAAAUAAAUUCUCUCACAAUUUUUUGCUUUGUUCUGCCCUUAUCAAACAGUCAAACAGAAAAUUGGAGUUCCAAAUUUUUAUCAAAAUAGCAAAGAAAAAAAACUGAGAAGUGCUGGUGAAAAGAUUGAGAGAUGCUAGAUGAAGUGAUAAACUUAAAGAAAACAACACCUUAUGACUUUUCAAUAGGUCUUUUACUUCCAUUAGUUCAGAUCGCUCACGACACAAGUUCUGGAAGGUCAAACUCAACUUCCUGUUUGUCGGUACGACCUUUCUGUGGAAUCGAUUUGAAGAGAAUGUUCAGCUACGAAAUCCUGAACGAUCCCCAAGGAGCUCCGAUAAAGUACGCGCGAAUCGGCGAGACGGUCUUCCACCGCUGGUCCUGCGAGUCUGAGCUGGACGACGUCUACUGCAUGCGAGUCCACACUUGCACUGUCUACGACGGCCAAGGAGGACCGCCCGUCACUGUCAUCGACGCCAACGGGUCUUUUCUCACUUUUUUUUUGUUAAAAAAAAUAACUUCCUGAAAACUCUUUACGUUCAUCUGCAGUUCGGAAAAAAAAGUUUUUGAUUUCGAGAAAAUCGGCAAAAAAGACUAUAUCAUCAAAUUGAAAAUUUUUGAAGCAUUAAAAGGCCAAAAUUUUGUGUCCGGUAAAAUUCUCUGAGAAAACAUUCAAUUUUUGCAGGUUAUCUGAUUUAUUCACAUUUUAAAGUUCUCACUUUCAGAUGCUCAGCUGAUGGUGUGAUCCUUCAAAAUCUUGACUACAGUGGGGAUCUCUCGGCAACCAGAGCAGCCCAGGUUGUUCUCAUCUUUUUUUUCCUAGAUCAAUUUUCUUUUUCAGGUCUUCAAGUUCGCCGACAAGGCAGGCCUCUAUUUCAACUGCCAGAUCCAACUGACGAUCAAGGACCGAGCUGCCGGCUGCCAGGCUUCGGUAUCUUGAAAAAGAAAAGAAAAGUUUGAAAAAAGAAAGUUUAGCAGCCAAAAUGUGUGGCGCAGACUUACGUUGAGCCUUCGUCCAAAACGACAGAAGUCUCUUCGGAAUACAAUAGUGUGGAAGGACACGAGUCGGGGUAUCCGACGAAGCCGGCGUCCAACGGACCUCUCGACGAGGGUUCCUGUUUCGAGUCGCACUUUUAUCCUAAAGGGUGCAUUUGAGGUCGUUCCCCACAGCCGCCAUCGUCCUAUCCGUCGUCGCCGUCGCCGCCAGCGCCACCUCCGUUUGCCACGACGGCCGCGCCAGCGAUCUACGUCGAGACAGAUCAGAACAACAUCGUUCUCAAGGUCCUUUCCUAUAGUUUUCUUCAAAUUUCUCAUUCCAACAAUUUCAGGUAAGUUCAGCGCCGCCGGACGGAUACGAAGCGCAGAACGACACUGAAGAGGUUGAUAGAACGAAAUUAAAAGUAAAAUCAGAAAGUUUCAGCCUUUCACAACAACUUCGGCUUACACAGAAGAUGGAAUUUAUGGUCGUCUCAUAAAGAGAAAUGUCCAAGGUAAUGAUAAGGCUUACUUUUUUCGAUUCAUUAUCGACUGCAGCUGAACAAAAGCGGCCAGUGACUGUGGCCGACGUUGACCUGCCGGAGCGCGGAAUUCUGGUCUUCGGCCUGGAAGACGUCGAUGGCGACGACUCUGGCGCAGCCCUCCAUCGGCCAGAAGCCUUGACGGAGAGAACCUGCUUCAGCACCUGUGAGUUUGGCCUUAUAACGGUCGCGUCGUGGGUCUAGAGUUCAAAACGUGGAGCUCUACUGAUUAUAUCCCAUCGAAACGUUUCAAUUUUGAGCUUCAGUCUUUUUCAACGACUUCCUUUUCAGCACGGCUCUACGCAUCAGCGACGUUGUUAUUUUUCGCCGUUCUGUUCGUCGUCUCCGUCUUCUGUUUCGUAGUUUAUCGACAGAGAACUCUCAUCUCCACUACUUUCCUCAAGCCGUGA